AUGGCCCACAAUACCGGCGUUCCCCGCAUAACUGAUGCGACGAAAGUAUGGACGACUCUAAUUACAAAUACUGCCUACCUGUCGGGGCUGCUGACCCUAGAGUACUCCCUCCGUAAAGUGGGAUCGAAAUAUCCGCUGAUUGCUCUCUACACGGACUCCUUCCCGGCGGAGGGCCAUGCUGCUCUCGAUGCCCGUGGAAUAUUGAAGCAGCGUGUUCCCUAUCUGCUGCCCUCAGUACCUAAGGACUACGUCAACGAUGUACGCUUCUAUGACUGCUGGAGCAAGCUUACGCCCUUCUCUCUUGUGGAGUACGAGCGCGUUGUGCAGCUAGACAGUGACAUGAUGAUUCUCCGGAAUAUGGACGAGUUGAUGGAGCUCGAGUUGGACCCUCCAGCACUGGCUGGGACAGGGAACCGUGUUUUUGCCGCCAGUCAUGCCUGUGUCUGUAACCCGCUGAAGAAGCCGCACUACCCUCCUGAUUGGAUUCCAUCCAAUUGCGCAUACACAUCCCAGCAUGCCACUCCGGAUGUCGCGCAGACCGACGGCGCAUCACCCACGACCGGGCUGGGUAUCCCCAACGGCGGUCUUCAGGUGGUCAACCCGUCCCAAGAAGUCUAUGAUAAAAUUUUGGCACAGCUGUCCUCGUCUGCGACCACUAACUAUGAAUUUGCCGAUCAAUCCCUGCUAUCGGAUGUGUUCUUUGGACGAUGGGUGGCGCUGCCAUACAUCUACAAUGCGCUCAAAACCAUGCGGUGGGAGGGGAUUCAUGAUGCGAUCUGGCGAGACGAGAGCGUCAAGAAUAUGCACUAUCUGCUUAACCCCAAACCGUGGGAUGAGAGCGAGGCUGUCCGGUCGGGUCUCGAACCUCGCUCAAGCCGGGAAGCGCCACACAGCUGGUGGUGGGACAUUACAGAGGAGAGAGUGAAGGAGGAAAAGGCAAGAGGGGUAGAUGACGGUUUCUGA